UAUGCAGCUUCCGGAAUGUAUAAAACUGACCUUUCCAUAUUUGGACGACAGCCCUGCCUGGUGCUGGAUUUGGUCGGAGUUUGCUUUUCACAGAGGUCAACGAUGAUCAGCUGCUUGCCAGGAUUUAAAAGACUUCGUCGCUUUUGGUGCCGUUCGGGAUCAUACGAUGUGGCGGAAGACGAACCCAAAGCAACACGCAUAACUUUUAAAAAAGAGUACACAUUGGAAGAACAUGAACAGGAAGGGGCGACAGGAGAAGGACACCAGACACAAACAAGAGACCGACCAACGCCUUUUGAUCGCUCACAGAAUCAACCGGUAUCGCAACCAAAACUUAAUACAAAAGAAGAAGGAGUAAUUGAUUCGAAGCAAACAUUGAAUGACAGGCAUCUGAAAGAAGAGCAACUCCGGCGAGAAAAUGAAAAGAAAGACAGUGAAGAUGAAAUAAAGGAUUUAAAACAAGAAAAUAGAAAAUUAGAACGUGAAAAAGAAGAAGCGCUAUUAAGAUUAAGUGAGCUUGUAUCAUUAAAACUUCGGGACAACAACCCAGAUAUCGUGGAUCUAAGCGACGCAUACAGGCCAACGAAACUUGCGGAAAUGUUUAGCGAGCUUUAUGACAAUGAGUGGACCGCUGCUUUUAUUGUUAUGGAGGAAAAUGGAUUUAAAGAUAGGCAGACGAUUGAUUUUCUUCUUGAUGUUUUGAUGGAAUCGUUUAUAUUUUGUAGACAAAAACUUGAUGACAACUGGCAGCUCAUUAACCAAUAGUAUUUGGACGAUAGUUUACCGAACAACGAUAAGGUGAAGAAGAGUCUUAAAGAUGCCCGGAAAGCCGUUAUUCCAAACUUAGUGCCUGAAAUGGAACAGAAAUUCCGCGUUAUGAUCGGUGAAAAGUGCAAAGACGUGACUCUUUGUCUUACAUUGUCAACCAAUGCAUUUAUGCAAUAUGUGGCGACGUGUAUAAAGUUGUGUUUGUUGAUGAAUGCAAACGACCCUCCGGUGGUAAUUUCCUAUCCCGGGUGGGUAUCGUGUGAAAAACGAAGCGACUCAACCGAAGGAAUAGACAAUCAGAAUAUGGCACAGUCUGAUGGAAGUUCUACGGAUACCCAAGAAGAAAAGGGCAACGCUUCUUCGACAGAAGCCAUGGAGACGCAACGUUUUAGCAAAGAUUUAUUUAAAGAGUACACAAAGAGAGGAAAAUUCGUGAAGUUCUAUGUUUGGCCAGUGGUAUAUCUGCAUGAGAAAGGGCCUUUGCUAGCAAAGGGCAUUGCUCAAGGUACUGAAGAGAAUAUUGAUUGUGAUCAGCGUUGGGAAUGGUAUAAAGAAUCCGAUUCUAACGAUUUAGAUGGAAUCAAUUGUGUAUUUUAACAUGAAAUAAUACACUUAUUGAAGCUGUGCAAUAACUCAGCAGAAAACACCAACAGGAAACUAUCCUUUCUAGAAUUCAGUGUUGUACUUUUCUUCUGCACUGUUAAAAUUUGUUAUCGUUUUGACCGAUAGCAAUUUAUAUUUAAUCUACGAUACACAUAAGAGUAGAUAGAUACAUUUAUUUGUGCAUGAGUGCAUAACAUGGACAAUCAAAACAACGUGUACAGUAAAGAAAAAAAAAAAUACAUACAUGCAAAUAUGACUGGUCCAUGGCCUGCACACCAGCAUCACGGAUAACUCAAAAGGGGUCACAGAGAACCCUUAUUUCCAUUGAGGUCCUUAAUGUCGGUGGCAUGAUAUAGAGUGGCAUUUUUAACUGAAAUAAAAAUAAUUAAGUUCACACAUGAAUAUAACCAUAUCGCGUUAAGUAAGUAUCACAGUAAGUGGAUUGUUUGUAUUUGAUCACAAGUAUAACAUAAAGUUGUCGUUAUA